GAAGUUAAAAGUAAAGUUUCCGAGCAGUGGACCGGCUGCAAUUCAGCUUGUCGAGUCUCAACAUAAGCUGUAUUUUGAAGCUGGUGACAACAUAGAGGUUCUUUGUCAGGAUAGUGGCAUGAGAGGCUGCUGGUUCAGGUGUAAGAUCUUACGAGUAUCAGAAAAAUGUUUGAAAGUUCAAUAUGAUGACAUCCUGGAUUGUGAUGGUCCUGAAAAGCUCGAGGAAUGGAUUCCUUCCUACAGAGUUGCAAAUCCUGAUAAAUUGGGCACGAGAUGCACAGGACGCCUCACAGUUCGGCCCAGGCCUCUGGAGGAUUCUUCUGACUGUUCUAUUGAAGUAGGAGCUGCAGUUGAUGCUUGGUGGUCAGACGGGUGGUGGGAAGGUUUCGUUGUGGAAUAUGAUGUCUUUGGAAGCGGUCAUCUUCACAUUUACUUCCCUGGGGAGAACAGAACAUUGGAGAUUGAAAGGAAGAACGUGAGGAUUUCAAGAGAUUGGAUAGACGACAAAUGGGUUGAAGUUAAGGUAAAGAAAUGCAUAAAAUCAUCCAUAAGCUCGAGUUCAUCGUGUGAUUCAACGUCAUCAUCGAUGUUCUAAGGCAUACUUCCCCCUGCCCAAUGAGCUCUUCUGAAGAGGCGCCGCUAAACAAUUGAUAUUUUACUUUAUCGUAAUUUUUUUGUUUCAAUUUCUUUGUUCAUAUAUGUCAUUCAUGCGGAUGAUUAUUAAUCUUGGACUAAGCAUAUGUAUAUAUAUUUGUAUUUUUUCUUUCUUUGCGCCUUUUUUCAU